GAUGACUGCUCACGUAAUUGGAAAUAGAGUGCAUAAUAAUCUCUUCUAUUAAAUUAUUUAAUAAGACAGACAUAAAAUAAAUUCCAUCUUUGAAUUUCAAAUUCAAAUCUGAAUCCCCUAGCCUAGGUUGCACAAAAAAAUUAUUGAAUUGAAAUUCAAAGUCCAGAAGGAGUUUUAGAGGAUUCAAAAAGGUCCGUUGAGCGCCUAUAUCUUAUGUCAUAAUAGAUUCGAACACUUGCCCCGGAUUAACUUCCGGAUCAUAAUUGUUCUAGUGAAUAACUAAAGAAAAAAAUUGGAAUAGAUAGAUGGGAGAUAGAAAAGAAAGAAACUCAAUAUAAAAAUCUCUCAAAAGUUCACUAAUCUUUUUUUUUUAUAUUGGCAGGUCUCUUUGUAUGUGUUGUCCGGAAGGAGGAGGACUCAAUGAUUAUUCGUUCGCCGGAACCAGAAGUAAAGAUUUUGGUAGAUAGAGAUCCCAUAAAAACUUCUUUCGAGGAAUGGGCAAAACCCGGUCAUUUCUCAAGAACAAUAGCUAAGGGACCCGAUACUACUACUUGGAUUUGGAACCUACAUGCUGAUGCUCAUGAUUUCGAUAGCCAUACUAGUGAUUUAGAGGAGAUUUCCCAAAAAGUAUUUAGUGCCCAUUUCGGCCAACUCUCCAUCAUCUUUCUUUGGCUUAGUGGCAUGUAUUUCCAUGGUGCUCGUUUUUCCAAUUAUGAAGCAUGGCUAAGUGAUCCAACUCACAUUGGACCUAGUGCCCAAGUGGUUUGGCCAAUAGUGGGCCAAGAAAUAUUAAAUGGUGAUGUUGGCGGGGGUUUCCGAGGAAUACAAAUAACCUCCGGUUUUUUCCAGAUUUGGCGAGCAUCUGGAAUAACUAGUGAAUUACAACUUUAUUGCACCGCAAUUGGUGCAUUAGUAUUUGCAGCCUUAAUGCUUUUUGCUGGUUGGUUUCAUUAUCACAAAGCUGCUCCAAAAUUGGCUUGGUUCCAAGAUGUAGAAUCUAUGUUGAAUCACCAUUUGGCAGGAUUACUAGGACUUGGAUCUCUUUCUUGGGCCGGGCAUCAAGUACAUGUAUCUUUACCAAUUAACCAAUUUUUAAAUGCUGGAGUAGAUCCAAAGGAGAUUCCACUUCCUCAUGAAUUUAUCUUGAAUCGGGAUCUUUUGGCUCAACUUUAUCCCAGUUUUGCCGAGGGAGCAACUCCAUUUUUCACCUUGAAUUGGUCAAAAUACGCGGAUUUUCUUACUUUUCGUGGAGGAUUAGAUCCAGUAACUGGCGGUUUAUGGCUGACUGAUAUUGCGGGGUGCGCUGAAGGCAUUGCAGAGAUGAACCAGUGGAGACUACGAGGGAAGGUAAUUAUUGUCGGAAAAGCUAAGUUUAGAAGGCAAGGAGAGACGAGGGAUCGACCGGUGAAUGUCGAACUAAGGUGCAAACAAGGAGGAGGGCCAGGAGAAUCUUAUCAUGGGAAAGAGGUGGCUACGACUGAGCCAGGAGUCGUGAGAAAGCCGGUGCAGGAACAAACGGCAAUCAAUCAGGGUCGGGCUGAUUCGAAGAGACUUGAGGUGCCCAUAGUCAAAGCAAAUAUGGAAUGGCUGGGGAGAAGUUUGGUGGGGAAAACAUUAAAACCUUUGGACCCAGCAUCGCUGAAGAAAACAGUGAGGGCAAAUAUGCCGCACAUUGUGGAUGUAAGGGAGAUCGGGGUGUCGAAAGUACUGCUAACCUUUGAUACUGUUCAACAUGCGGACGAAGCGUUUGAUAUCAAACUAGAUACUUUGUUGCGUUUAUUCCAUAGGUGUGAUGUGCCGACCAAGGAAGGUGCUUCUUUCAGAACUGGACGGGUCCGAGUGGAGAUGGGGGUGUUUGAUAUCAUUCGAGAGUGGGUUCAACUCUCGGUUGGGAAUUCUAUUUUCAGAAUUUUUGUGAAGGAGGUGGGCUUGGAGGUGUCUGAGGCGGACAGUGUGGAAGAGAGCCCCCUAGUCUGUGAUGGGAAUAGCACUGUGGGCAGACAGAAAAGUGUCUCGACGAUGGUGCCGGUGGCAUAG